AUGUGUUCUUACCCCAGACAGCCUUAGCUGUUUGCAUAUAAAUAUGCUUGAAGUGGGGAAAACACAAACCGUGCUUAAUCUUUGUAUCUUUAUGCAUUUUUUUAGGUUUUCAUCAGAUUUCACAGAACAAGGUGGCAGUGCUGCUACUAGCUGGGGGUCAGGGGACUCGCCUGGGUGUUUCUUAUCCUAAAGGCAUGUACAGUGUUGGACUUCCCAGUGGCAAAACCUUGUACCAGAUCCAGGCUGAACGAAUACUCCGAGUGCAGCAUUUGGCCAAAGAGAAAUAUUCCACCAAGUGCACAGUGCCUUGGUAAGGACAUGUUCAAAGCCUAAUAAUCUGCUGUAGGCUGUGACCGGUGUUUGUAGGCAAGCUUCUGUACCGAUUGAAGUGUUUGGUUUGAGAGCAUGUGUUAAGGUCUAGGCUAGGGUACCACAAAGCAUUCUCCAUAAUUGUCUGCUCAGACUGAGGUGAGAUGAUUCAUGCAAACUAUUUGUAGCGUACAAUUCCUGUGUUCUGUCAGGGUUUUGGGUUGACCAGUUGACGGGGAACGUCCCAUUUAUUUUUUGUAAUUUGUCCCCUCAGGUAUAUCAUGACAAGUGAAUUUACAUUGUACCCAACACAAAAAUUCUUUGAAGAAAACAACUUCUUUGGUUUGGAGAGAUCAGAUGUGAUCAUGUUUGAACAGAGAAUGAUUCCAGCUGUUGGGUUUGACGGAAAGGCAGUUUUGGAGCGUAAAGACAAGCUGGCCAUGGCUCCAGGUAUUAUCUCAAGUAACUACUCUUAUAAAUAGAGUAAAGCAGCCAUCAUUGUAAUACUUCUAGUCUUGCAUGAGAGCAAAUGGUGUUGCCACAGAAAUUGCAUGUGUACAGACUCACCUUUCUAUUAAAGCUAUUGUGCCAGUGCAAUUUAUUUAUAUUUUUCUCUUAUUAUUUUAAAAGAGCACUUUGGGCAUCAAAACCCAAAAAGUUGAUUGUUACAGUGCCAUAAAUCUUUGGGUGUCUUCUCCAAGUUUGGGGGAUUAGCCCAGAGCACAAAGCCUAUCUUCACUGUCCAGUUUUAGGAGGACACACAAAAUAAUUAGAGGAUCUAUAUUGUAUGGUAAUAGCACCCUAAAAUGAAUAUUGGGUAUUAUAUGGCUACCAAGAAUGGACCGAGGAGAUCUCUAGAGGAGGGGUAUCUGAUUUCUGAGAGAGCCCUAUGAGCAGCAAUUCUGUUUUCUGUCUCUAGAUGGGAAUGGCGGCCUAUACCGAGCGUUGACUGAUAACCAGGUAUUGCAGGACAUGGAAAGAAGAGGCAUUGCGUACAUCCAUGUGUACUGCGUGGACAAUAUCCUAGUGAAGAUGGCUGAUCCAGUAUUUAUUGGGUUCUGUGUCUCCAAAGGUGCAGAUUGUGGUGCCAAAGUAAGCAGAUAAAAGAUAAGCAACAUAAGUGUGAAAGGAAUUGUAAGUUUUCUGUUUCAUCCAAGAAGCAUUGUAUUUUAAUGUCUUUGUUUGUAGCUAAAUAGCACUCAUGUCAGACUUCACAUAUUUAUUGCACAAAACCUAGAUGGUCAAUUUGCUGCUGGUGUGUUUAAUAAUGGUUUGUCUACACCAUUGAGUUCUUGUGCUCCAAAGAUCACACUCCUUUUGGGUUCUUCAGGAUCCUGUUAGAAGUUGUGUUUAAAUCGGGAACCUGAUAUUUUCUCUGUUUAAUGCCAGGUAGUAGAAAAAGCUUAUCCCUCUGAGCCGGUGGGGGUGGUGUGCCAAGUAGAUGGCAUCUACCAGGUGGUGGAAUAUAGUGAGAUCAGUCAAGAAACAGCAGAGAAACGGAAUCCUGACGGGAGCCUUGUAUAUAGUACUGGCAACAUCUGCAAUCACUUUUUCACUUUGGAGUUCCUCAAGACUGUAGCAACGUGAGUAUUCUAUGCGUUUGGAUUUUGAGGUGCAUAAAUUGUAAAUUCAGACACUGUUAGUGUUUCCUGAGUGGGUUCCAUUGUAGGUGUGCCUGCGUCAAAAGGUGGGCACAGAGCAUUAAUGUCCUUUCACGUGGCCCUUUUAUUUUAAAAUAUUACAAUCGAAGCGUUCAUGUCAUCUUAAUGGGGAAAACUUAAUCCAUAACUAUGAAAACAAAUGCUCAUGUACUCCUUUCAUCCAUACUGACAGUCCACUAAUCUAUUAAUCAGUCUGAUUCAGAUCAUCCCUGUCUUUCCUGAUUUGAUAACCUGAUCCACUCAGACUUUCAUACAGACAUUACUAAUCUAAUCAAAAGAAAAAGGAGCCUUCUCACAUAUUGGACUCAUUAGUAUUAAAUUAUGAUUAUGUCAUAUACGGCAGAUCUGACAGACCACGAAAUAUGCAUACUUUAAGGUAUCAUAUCUUUUUCUCUCAGAACAUUGGAGCCACUGUUGGGCUACCACAUCGCCAUUAAAAAGGUUCCAUAUGUUUCCAAGGAAGGAAUCCAGUUGAAACCUUCGCGACCAAAUGCAAUAAAGAUGGAGAAGUUUGUUUUUGAUGUUUUCCAAUUUGCCAAGUUAGUGUCCUCUGUUUGCUGGGUAAUGUGAAGACCUGGCACAAUACACAAACUGUACUGUUGUUCCAUUAACAUGCUAAGAGCAGCAGAUGGCGCAGGAUAAAUUCUGCAUUUGAUUUAGCCACAUAAAAAGGGACACUGUAUACACUAUGCCAGUUUCAUCACAUUGAAGUGAUUAUAGUGCCUGGAGUCCCCUGGCACUGUCUCUCCAUUCAGUGUUAAACCAUUUUUGAGCAGUUUAAGAUUAAACAAUUGUCUCCGGCACCCACAGCUUGGCCCUUAAUUUAGGUAUGGCUAAGGCAUAGAUUACACACUUCCUUUUAUCCAUACCAAUUCAUACCAGCAGUGGGCACUGUGAUAGUCUGAAAGCAGGCAGCCUAUCACAGCUGCCUAUUGCUGCUUAGAUUUGUGCUUCCUCAUUAGUCAAAGCAGCACAGAGUGGAUGGGCUGCUGAGGACUCUUGUUUAGUAUCAAAGCUGUAAAACACGGUUUAACUCUAAAUGGAAGGAGAGAACCAGGGGACUCCAGAGACUAUAGCUACUUCAAUGAGAUGAAGCAGUUACAGAGUUCACGAUGUCCCUUUAAGCUCCGUAUAUCAUUCUACAUACUUAGGAUGAGUCUGGAUUAACCAAGGAAUGGAUACAGAAGAGCAAGUUUAGCUGAGAAAGUGAUGUACACCAUAAAGCCAUUAGCAUGGGAACAUGAAAAGGCUGAAAGUUAAUCUCUAUUUUUUUUUUUUUUGUGUAUUCAUUUUGACACCUACUAAGUGAACUUAUAUUGGUGAAUAAGAGGUGAGCUAAUGCACCUGGAUACAUUAGGCACCUACAUUAUCUUUUAAUAUAGACUAGGGUUAUGUAUCAUAUUACAUGUGUGAUCUAGAAACAGCAAUGGUAUGAAAGAAUCCCUUGAUAUCACAGUUCUAAGAUGAUUUUAUUUUUAUUUACUUUUUUUGUCCAUCAAUUUGGAAACAAUAACUGCAGCAACAAAGGUCCAAUGUAAAAGCAAGGUUUUCCAGUUGUUUAUAGCCACAAUAUUAUGUCCUAUAUUUUGGUUAAAACUAUUUAUGAAAAUAUAUUUUCUUAUUAUGUCACUGCGGGGUAACUGUGCUAAAACAGAUUUAGUGGAAACUAUUUUGUUGAAGUCCAUUUUUGAUGAUGAAACUCACCUUAUGUGUUCUGUUCACAGGAAAUUUGUUGCAUUUGAGGUCUUGCGAGAAGAUGAAUUUUCUCCUUUGAAGAAUGCAGAUAGUGCCAAUAAGGAUACCCGAACUACGGCAAGACGUGCGAUCCUCUGGCAGCAUUACCGCUGGAUACGGAAGGCUGGCGGUCGGUUAAUAGAUGUGAAUGGCUGCCAGGUAGUUGCAAAUUACGGGUACGUCUCUUAAUAUAAAUGCUGGUCACCGUCUAACAGAAUAAAGGAUAAACAGUCUUAUGCUCGUUAAAGAAAUAGUCCACACAGUUAAAGCACACUUUAGCUUGCGGUGUGCUUCUUGUGUUAAGUGUUUUUUCUUUACUUUUUUUUUUCCUUUACUUGUUACACCUCCUGGCUGCCAGACAAAUGGUCCUGUUGCUUCCUGGUUGUUUUGCUCAGUGGAGCUAAACUCAAGAGGCAACAAUUGCUCAGAGCUCCUGCCAGGCAAAGACUUCUCACUGAGCUGCAUUGGGAAGUCUGUGAUUGGACAGACAGAGGAAGUAUGGGAGGGUCAGCAAAGGCUGCAAACAAGAAACCUGCAGCUUUUGCAUGAGGUUUUUAGAUAUAACCCCAAAGAAAAAUGCACAAUUAAAUUAAUGGUUUUAUCUAGAUAAAUCUUUUAAAUUGUGAUCUAUAUAUUAUAUUUGAGAGGUGAAGUAUCCUUUUAAAAUGCCGUAGCUGAGUUCAAAAUACACCCCAAACUUUUAUUUUAUUUCUGUUUUGUUUACUUUGAUUGGAGUAUUCAGACCUGUCCUGCACUAAUAUACAUGCCUUCUAACUAUGUGAAUUAGGUGCAGGAACUUUAUCAGAUUUUCCUCUUUUCUUUGUUACAGCUUUUCUGAAACAGAGGACCCACCAGCUGUGUGUGAAAUAUCUCCUCUGGUGUCUUACUUUGGAGAGGUGAGCCUAAUUUAAUGUAGUCAUUUGUAUGUGUGUGUAUAUAAUCUAGUUUUAGAACAUGUUACCUAGUGGUUCCCAAACCAGUCCUCAAGGCAUUCCUACCAGUCCAUGAUUUAUGGAUUACCAGUUUUGUCUAAGUGGUAAAUGCACAAAAUACAUAUACACAUACAUUCCAUUCAGAUUUUUCAUGUUUUAAGAAUUAUUGUGUGCAGUUGAUGCAGUGUUUGACAGUGUGUGCUUGUAAAUAUGUGGGGUAAUCUAUACUGUGGGCUAAAGGCUGUUUUUUUUUUUUUUUCAUUUUUUUUUUUUCUUCAAUAUCCUAUUUUACAAAGUGCAGAUUUCAAUAGUAAUUGGUAAUAUAUAUAUAUAUAUAUAUAUAUAUAUAUAUAUAUAUAUAUAUAUAUAUAUAUAUAUAUAUAUUCUAUCUUAUUUUUUCUCUAUCUUAUGCUGACAAGCACCAGGCAAGUACACCUGUUUAUUGGAGUGCAAGACUGUUUGUUUUUUUAUUUUGUGUGUGCCUCUGAUUGGACAGCCACAGAAAGUCUGGGCAGGGUUAAAAGGGGAGGGCUUGCAAAGGUUGCAGACAAAAGAUCUACAGCUUUUACGAAUUUAAUUUUAAGAAUUAAAAAAAUUUAUAUUUUCAUUGUGGGUAUGUAUACUAAAUAGUUUUAUUUAUAUAUUUAUUUUGGUAUUUGGGCAAUGGAGUGUCCCUUUAAUACCACAUGGAGGGAAUAGCAUAUCUCUGUACUUGUCAGAAAUGUAGGUCUGUUGUUGGGACCUGUAUUUUGUGCCAUGUGACAUAUAAACUAAUAAUUUAGUGGGACCAAAUGAGCUUGGCAGCGAAAUAAUACUGCAGCGAAAUUGAAACCAUCUAACUAAACCAUGAGAAUAGUACAGAAGAAAUUUGUGUGUUUGUGUUUAAAGAUCAGAAAACAGAGGAUUUCAGUGUUAUCAGACUGUAGUAUUUAAGUGGGUAAUAUUUAUAAUUAUUACACUCAGGUCAGAUUGUAAAUCUUAAGUAGUGAUUUCAACUGAAAAAAUAUUUUAUUGAUUUGGUCCAUUGUGAAGACAUCACUCGAACUUUUCAUAAUGCAGUAGAGCUCUAUAAUAUAAGAAAAUGUUCCACUCUGAACACCGUUGCUAAUUUUUCAUGUUUUAUUCCUGCUGUAGAGAAAUGUAUGGAUGGUCAUUUUGGGAAAAUAUCCAUUUAAAUAUAACCUCCAUUAUGUUCACAGGGUUUGGGAAGCUAUGUGAAAAACAAGGCCUUCUCUUCGCCAUUUGUACUGGACCCAGAGAAAGCCAAAGAACUAUUGGUUUAAAUGAAGAUGAGGGCAUCAAGGCCGGGAGAAGAUUUACAGGGUUUGCCAGUAAAUAUCUGGCAGUAUCGGAGUGUUGGACAUACUCCAGGUCCAGCAUCUCCCACCAAACAAUGUGCCUAGGAAUCAUUCUGUGUAACAUGAUUUUCACUUGAAAUAACAUUUUUUUUUUAUUAUGAUGAAGUCUCUGUUAAAUGUUCCUCAAAUAUUCUGUAUGUUCCGAUUUCCGUUUAUGAUGCAAGUUCUCCGAUAGACGAUUGCUUCUAGAUCACAUAUAUUGCAGGUUCCCCUCUGCUUUGCAGUGACAUAUAGAGUUCACAUCUACCGCUAUGGUGGGAGGAUACUGGAAUGGAUCGGAGACUUGAACAGAGCUGUGAUGACCUGAGCAUAGGACAGACAGGGCAGAAUUUUAGCAAAUACUAUGCUCUUUAGAUAGUAACUGAAAGUGCAUUAUAUGAAAACUUGUCCUGGGUAAUCUCAAGAAUCCGCAAUGAAAGGCCUUAAUUAUUCCAAAAUCGUAGUAGAUGGUGAAGUGAAUUGCUGCUUCUAUGCAAUUGUAACCGUAAAAUAUACAAUGAAAUCCAGUAUGUGUGUGUUCUGGAUUGGCUUGUAACUGGUGCUCCUGCCUCAGCACUAAGUGACCGUGUGUCCCAGUUUUAGAAAAUACAAGUUUGUUUUUUAGGACAGAAAACGAUAAUUGGCUCCUUAAAGCAGACUGCUGGAUUAAAAAUGGAACACCUUGCAGACUUGGUACUGGAUCAUAGAGUCUGACUUAAACAACUUGCAGAUCUUUCUUCGGUUGAUCUAAAACCUGUUUGUUUACAACCACGAAGGAGUUGGAGAGAAGUACAGCUCUGUGCUCCUGGUGGUUCUGUGAUCCUAGUCUGUUUCUUCAUUCUCUGUGGGAUGGAAAGAGGUUAAACCCAGCUGUAAGAUGUAUGCUUUCAGCACAAUUUGGGUAACGACUGAUAGAUUCUGUUUUGCUGUAAUAUUUCAAAUGCUGCUUUAAUGACCCCACUGUUUACAAUCAUAUCUCCCAGUGAUUAAUCCAGCCACUGAUAUCAUGAAAUAUAUUGUGCAAUAAUCAUGGAACCAUUGUUGUUUAGAAAAUGAGAAAUUAUGCUGAAGUAACAGUAACUCAGAAAUAUGGUUGGCUGCAGUGAAGGUCAGAUAUAUGACUGAAAUUCCUGGUAGCAUUUCUUUCCAAAACCUCUUCUUGUUGUUGAACUACAGCUCCCUUGAUGCUUUGCCCGUAGAAUGUUUUUAGAAUGACAAGGCAUAAUGGAAGCUGUAGUUUUAAAACUUUUGGAGAUCUACCUUUUGGGCACCCCUGCUAUGUACAAUAUUUAUGAGCAUGAUUUACAAGUACCUGACUGUUAUGUUAACAGAGGUGUGUUGUCUCCAUUCUCUAUAUCUGUCCUCCUAACAAACUGACCAGAUAGCUACCUUGUUAAACCGCUUGCUAUUUCACAUACAUCAAUGGACAGUGAUUCUGUUGGUUGGAAUAAAUAAAACAUGGGCUUUAAAAAACCUGCUUUGCCUGUUACAGAAUUCUGUGUUAUCUUGUAUCUAUUAGUGACAUCCGAAACACUCCAUGCCUUCAAUGAGAAAUCUAA